GGAGAAUUUUGUGUGAGCAGAGCAUAUGGCAGACAGUCUUGAAAAUAUUCGCGAACUAUGCGGUCGCAUUACGAUGAUUUCGCUGCUGGCGAAACAAAUAAAUUGAGUGGAAUUAAUACAACAAAUUAUAACAAUUAUAGUAGUAGUCUAAAUAACAAUAAUAAUAGUAACAAUAGUAAUGGUGCGAUACCAUAUCACGCCCGUGAAAAUUCGCUGCCAUUCAGUUACGGACAGAUUAGUAAAACAUCAACGCCAUUGAGACCUACACAUAUAAACGCUUCGUCGACGUCUACGUUGUCACGUCGUUCGCAUACAGCACUCGGUUUGGAUUACGGUUACGGUAAAACCACAAAUAAUCAACAAAAUAAUGCAUUACAUGGGAGUGGUAGUGGUAAUAGUGGUUUAAAAGAUGUCAAUUUUGAUUUGUUGACACAACAAAAUGAACGCGAUCGUGAACGUCAAAAAUUUUAUGGUGAUUUAAAUAAUCAUAAUAGUGAAAAGUAUAUGAAUGAAAGUUGUACGCAAACAGUGAAAUAUAAUAAUCAAAGUGGUUACAAUAACAAUAUUAAUAAUAGUUUUAAUAAUUUAUUAAAAACAACGGAUGAAACUGAUGCCAGUAUGAUAAAAUCCCAACCACGUCUUACUAGUCCUUUGCUGGUACGUAAAACUUUAAGCAAUGGCAGCAGCAACAACAUUAGUAGAUCACCUACGCGUUCCACAACCAACACUAUAGCAAAUACCUACCACUACAGUUUUGGUAAUAACAGCAACAACAACAAGAACGGCAGCUUUAUUGGAGACAACAACUUUGACAAGUUUGGCUUAAAUGGCAAUAACAACAAUAACGAUAACUAUGGCCGCCACAAAACAAUGUACGGUAGUGCAACUAAUACUAAUGGUGGUGUUGGUGGCAGCAGCAGUGGAGCUGGUGACAUACUCUUAGCAAAAACACCAGCUCGACAUGAUUUUGAUGAAUUGCUACGUGAGCGACGUGAGAAGGUUUUCAAUGAAUAUCGUACCACAUCCACCACAACAUAUGAUUUGUCCAGUUCACCCAAGGUCUCGCCAGUGCCACCGCCCAGACGUUUUGCCAACGGCUCGGUACAAUUACCCUCUACUUUACCGCCGUCUCUAAGCAAUAAGACGUCAUCAUCCUCCAUGUAUCCGCCACAGAUACCCAAUCGUAGUCAGAGUCAAAAUAGCAAAUACAAUUAUGAUAUUGAAUUCAAUUUAAAUUUGAAUGAACGCUAUGAGGAUGAGGUUGACAAUGUUGAUAUGUUAAGGCGACGUACCAAUACCAUAGAUAGUUUACCACAACGUCAACACCGGUUGCAGCAGCAGUAUGGGCUGCACAAACAGCAGCAGCAGCAGCAGCAGUUGUAUCAAACGCGCGACAUUCCAUUGGCGUCACCGUAUGUAGAACGUAAUUAUCACACAAUUAGUUCAUCAUCAACAGCAACAACAUCAAAUACACAUGCCAACAACAGUAACAAUAACAACAACAACAGAGAAACUUUAAGUCCAACCUCAAUGAUUGACAUUUAUUCAACGCCUUAUGAUGAACGCAAUAACACAAAUAAGCAACGUUCAAAUAUGAUGAUGCAGCCUUUGGAGGCCACUACAGCAUCGCAAACAACAACAACAUUGCAACGUACACAACGUUCAACAGACUAUGCCACAUAUGGCAAUGGCAACAUGUAUGGUCAUGAGCACACCAAUCUUGGUCAAACAAUGACGGAUAGAGAAUCGUCACCUAUUUAUGCCACUAGCACGAAAAAGGUAACAACAUCAUCAACUCUCUCAACAGCUGCAGCAUCACCAACAUAUCGACACAGCGGCAAUAACAAUAAUAAUGGAACUAUUACUGCUACAUCAACUACAACUUUGAGUAUGGCGGAUUAUCCCUCACCAUCGGCAGCACGCCCCGAAACCCCAGCGUUUCCUGUUACGCCGCGUACACCAUUUGCUGGUGGUGCUGCUGGCAGCAAUGGUUAUAACUCACAAACAACCACUCUUAGCAAACAUACCAAUGGAAGCUAUCAGCAACAUGUGCCGCAGCAACAUGUCUAUCAGCCCGCUAAUCUGGUGGAGCAGAACUAUUCUUCGGAAACUAUCUAUGGCAGCAACUAUAGACCGCGCCUUAAUUCUAGUCUAUCGAUGGCCAAUAGUGAGCCUCAAGAAGUGGCUGCUCAUUUGGUGAAAUUUGCUAAAGAUUCUUCGAAAUUCUGGUACAAACCAAACUUGUCACGCGAUGAAGCAAUUUCUCUGCUCAUCAAUGCUGCACCGGGCACCUUUGUUGUCAGAGAUUCUACCACUUAUAAAAAUGCCUAUGGUUUGGUUUUGCGUGUGGCUCAGCCUCCCCCGGGCUCCACCAGCACUGGCAAACCCGAUGAAUUGGUGCGCCACUUCCUUAUAGAACCCACUACCCGUGGUGUACGUUUAAAGGGUUGUGCCAAUGAACCCGUUUUCACUUCCCUCUCGGCCUUGGUUUACGAACAUUCUAUUAACCAAUUGGCCCUGCCUUGUUUAUUGCAUAUACCCGAGCGUGAUCUGGUGCCUCCCUUAGUGGAGCAUACACCAGCCCAAAAACAACUCUUAACCCAGGGAGCAGCCUGCAAUGUAUUAUGGCUGUUCUCUUGCGAUACCGAAUCUCUAACCGGCGAAGAAGCCAUACGCAAAGCUAUACGUCAAAUGUAUGCGCUACCCGCUGCCCCCACUCCCACAGAGGUCCAUUUCAAAGUCACCCAACAGGGCAUUACCCUAACCGAUAAUACACGCAAGAAAUUCUUCCGUAAACACUAUACAGCCGAUAUUAUUUCAUACUGUGCCAUUGAUCCCGAUCAUCGUCUGUGGACCACGCAGGAGCAUGGCAACGAUAACACUACUGUUGUGGGUUCUCUUAAGAAAACCAUAUUUGCCUUUGUGGCUAGACGUUCAGCCAGUUCGAAGGAUAAUCAGUGUCAUAUAUUCUGUGAUUUGGCCAUUAACCAACCAGCCUCGGCCAUUGUAUCGUUUGUCAAUAAAACUCUACCCACAGAGAAGCAAAAGAACUAUGUUCUCUGAGAACAUAGGGCGGAAAAGGAGGAGGAGGAGGAUUUAAAUUUUGUUAUUGGUCAUAGGAUUUGUUUGAAAGUAGAAGAUAAAGUAGAUAGAACUAGGAAUACGUUGGCGAUGUCGUCGAAAAAGAAACAUGUAACAUUUAAGUUGUAAACAGGAAAGGUAAAACAAAUUCGAACAUUUUUUAAGGAGAUUUCAAAAAUUAAUGAAAGAAUUAUUAAAAAAAUUCGUGUAAAUUUCAAAGAAACCCGUAACUAAUUUAUAUACAAUAUAAUUUGUUAAAUUUCCAGUUAAAUCUGAGAUGAAUUAUCUUGUUAAAGACCCAAUAUAUUCCAAAGAUUUAAUUUUCCCGAUUGGAAAUCAGUUAAAAUGUUUGAACUUUGAUAAAUUUUCAUUAUAAUAAUGACCUUUAAAAAGUUAAUUGUAAUCAGUUAUGAUUAACCGUUUGCCAUUUAUUAUUAUCGCGUAUAAUUUUAUUAUUCUAUAUAUAAUUAGUAUUUCGUUUGAAACGAUUUUGCAUACUUUGUGGUUGUCAUUGAAUUUUAAUUUAACUAAAUUGUAAUUUUAGUUUAUUCAAUGUUUAAACUUUGGUUUUUUCCGCAAUUAAGUUUCCAUAUUUCUAUAACAUUAUUAGCCUUUAACAACACGCUAAAAAGAAAAACAAAAACAUUUUUAUUGACAACACUUAUUAGGCUUUUAAAGUGAAAAUUGUCAUUUUCUAACUUUUUGCACAUAAUUUUCAAACAAAUUUCAUAAAAAUUUUAAAGAAUUUUUAAGGUUUAAGUUUGACUUGAUUAAAAAACUGUUAAGACGGCAAUUUAAAAAAUUUAAAAGGCGAAAGUUUGACUAAAACUUGUUAAGUCGACUUUUCAUAAAUUGCAAAAGUCGACUUUGAGCGGUAACUAUAGAACUGUAUUGUAAACUAGGGUUCUAUAUUCUAAACCAUCUGUCUUUUGAAAUAAAUUCCGUAAUUAAAAGUCGAAAAUGUCUGAAAAUAGUAUAAAAAGUCGUUAAGUUGCUAUUCAAAAAGUAGAAAAGUCGACUUUUUAUAUAUAAUGCAAAAAGUUGAAAUGUAAACAUUUUGUUUCAACUAUGGAAAUCUAUUGCGAUAAACCAACCGACUGUCUUUUGGAAUAAAUUUCGUAAUUAAAAGACGAAAAAGUGUAAAAUAAGUUCGAAAAUAUUAGAAAAAAGUCGUAAAGUUGCAAUUGCAAAAUGUAGGAAAUUCAAAAAGGCGACUUUUAAUAUAUUGCAAAAAGUCGAAUCCUACACUUUUUGUUUCAACUAUAGAACCCUACUGUGAACUGUAAAUAGAUAAAAAAUCAAUACCAAAAAAUAAUCCUAAAAAAAAGUCGAAAAGUUCGCUAACUUGUAAGAAAAAAGUCGAAUAAAUGAUUUUGUAGUUACAAGUCGAAAAAAAGUCAAAAAGCCGAUAUUUAUAAGUGCGAAAAGACGAAAAUUUCAAAUUUAUAAAUAUUUCAAAAGUCCAUAAAUUGCAAAAAGUUUAAUACACGACUUUUGAUAAAUAACAAAAAAAUUAAAAAGUCGACUUUUUGUUUCAAGUAUGGAACCCUAAUCGUAAACCGAAUUAAACAAUUUAUACAAAUUUGAAAUUUCAUUUAAUUUUAAAAUAAACUUUUUUAUUAAUUUUUAAAAUUACUACCAAAAGUUAAUAAUUUAAGCAAAAAUUUUUAGUAAAAAAAAUCUUUCUUUUUUACUUUGUUUGUUUUUAUAUGCAAAUUAAAUUAAGGAAGCUUUAAAAAUUACUAAUUUAUGGAAUUUUAAAUAAAAAUUUAAAAUUUAAUUUAAAAAACAACAAAACUUUUCUUUAAACGAGAAAGUUUUGUUUUUAUUUUGUUUAUAUAGCGUUUAUAGUUUGUUUUACCUACACAAUUGACGUCAUCGCUCGACGACCCCAUUGUAGUUUUGCCUCUUUUUUUUUCGUCGACUUUGUUUAACAGAAGAUGAUGAACAAAAUAUAUUUUGUUAUGCAUGUAGUAGUGAGUAAUAGUGUAAAAUAAUUGUAUUUGUUAGAAGAAAUUAAAAUGGUCUUUUGUUUAUUUAAUAUUUUAACAAUAUUUGCAAAAAAAAAUAAUAAUAAAAUUACAAUGACACAAACAAUAUUUUAACCACGUUGCCAUAUUGUAAACACUUUUUUUACACAGUUCAAUCUCAUAUUUGUAAACAAACCGAAAAUAACUGUUCUUCGCUAUUCACAUACUAUUUACAUUGUUGAUGUUUUUUUCGAUUAAAGUGAAUUUAUACAGUUGAUUGUCAAAAUCUAAAAUUAAAACAAAUUCUUUAAGCUAAAGCUGUCAAACUUCUUUUUUUUAACAAUUAAUAAGUUUAUUUGACUUUUUUCGGAAUUUUGCCAUUGUUUUCACCUUGUAUGGAUUCGCCUUAUAAUUUUGGCAUUGCAAGCUUAGCUUAACAUGUUGUUGUAAUACUAAUUUACACUUAAACAAAAAAUUGAACCUAAAUUUAUACACUUUAUAUACAGUUAUAUUUUAUUUAAGGUAUUUUGUAUGUUUAUUAUUAUUUUUUUUAUUAUAUUGUUUAUAGUAAAGUAAUUUUCACCUGAUAACGAAAGAAUUUUGUUUAAACUUCAAACUACUUGUAAUUUUUUUUGUUUGUUUUGCUUGUUUCUAUAUGUGUAUGAACAAAAAAGUUAAUAAUUCUUACAAUGAGUCAUUUUUUAUUAAUGAUUUAAUCAAUUAAUAUAUUUUAUUUUUCUAUACAUACACUAACUUUACACACACAUACAUACAUUUGUAUAAAAUUGAUAAUUAUGAUUACGAAAAGAAGGAAAAAAAUAAAUUAAUAUAUAACAUUUUUUUUAUUAAUAUAAUACCAUAGAUUUAAGGUGCAGAGGAAGUUCAAGGUCAGUUAAAGUAUAUUUCUACAAAAAAACGUUAUAUAUUUUUAUUUUCCUCAAUAUUUUAUUUGUUUUGUUUAUUUUUAUUAUUUAACCUUAAGUUUUUUUCAAUUUUCCUUUUAAUUUUCAAAACAAUUUAAUAUUUAUUAGAAAAAAACUUUAACUGAUCUUGAAUAAGCAAAUAAAAUAUAUAUAUUUUUUAAUUUAAGCAUUAUUUGAAUACACACUAAUAUAUACAUAUAUAAACACACACGCGCGCUUAUUUAUAAUAUUUAGUAUAGUGAGCGACAUUAAAAAAAAUACGCCGACCCCAUAAUAUAAAUUUGGUAAUAAAAUUUUGAAAAACAACAAAAAAAAAAUAAUAAAACUUGUAUCGAUAAAACUGUAAAUAAAAAA